AUGAUGAAGAAGAACAAGAGCAAGAGCAAGAAGUCAGUGAAUAAGCAAGACGCCCUCUGCAUCCCACACUAUUACAGACUAGGACAUCUUAAGAACAUAUUAGAUGGAGGAGAGUAUGCGCCUUAUGUAUCCCCUCCCAUAUUGGAGAGCAAUUUUAUUCAGGUCAAUAGGAGAGGUGAAUCUAUUUACCUGCAUAACCGAGCAAACUGGGUGACUGUAGGCAUCUGUUCUUCCAAUCACGUCUUCAAGACCCCCAAUAUGAUGCUGUUGGCACACCUGACGACAGAAGCUCGAAAAGAACAAGAACCCCUCUUUAAAACCAUUCUGAAGUCUUCCUCUCCUGGGAAUCUGGUGCUCACCAGGUUUAUCCCUCUGCAGUUUGUGACUAUUUCUGUGCACAGUGCUAAGAACAUGCGUCUCAAGGUAAAGCUGAUCAAUGGCCGGUCUUACUACUUACAGCUCUGUGCUCCUAUGUAUAAACAGGAUAUCAUAUUUUCUCAGUGGGUAGACCUCAUCCCCCUCUUGAAUCAGGAGAAAGCUAAAACUACCCAAGUAUCAGAGAUCUCAAGCCUCUCAGAGAUCACAAACAGCACAGACAUCACAGGCUCAUUGGACAUCACAGACAUUACUGCUUUACCAGAGAUGCAAACCAUGUGCUCGAAAACGCAGAGAUGCCCUUGCAACAUCAUGGAAAGUGAAGACUUCUCAGAAUAUACAGAUGCCACUGAUGUCACAGAUGUCACAGAUGUUCUGGAAAAUGAGGUCACAGAUGUUCAGGAUAUAAAAAUUGUCACAGAAGUCACAGAAGUCUCAGAAGUCCAGAUAUCCACAAAUGUCUCAGGGGUCAAAAUAGUAUUUGAAAAUGACGAUAUAAUAAAGAACAAGCAGGAGGAAAAGGACAACAAUCUGAAGCACAGGAGUCUACGAGAUAAAAUAACUAAGAAUGACUACCGAGAUUCCCCCAAACAUGUCUCCAUCUCAAACAUAACCCUGGCUUUGGAAGAUGAAGAAUGUUUUCCGACUACUCUGACUCCUGUAAAAAGCAAGGAGGACAUAUGCAAAGAAAUAUAUGAUGAAACUUCUGAAGAAAAGAUGAGCAGUCUUCAGAACACACAUCUAAAGGCCACAGAAUCCAGGAGUACAAGAACUGACUCAGACACUCCAGAUGGUGAACUGAAGCUUGGAAGAUAUUUGCUACGGGAUUGUUCUGUUUAGUAGUACUCUAGAGAACAAUCCUUUACCCAUUCUCUUGGCCCACUGCCCAGGGGAUUUGUCUUCCUUCACCUGAUGCUCUAAAGAUGGAAAGAAUUUCUUUCCCACCUUCACAUCAAGAAAAAGAUCUCCAGACGUCACCAAGAGACUACUACCGGUGAUGUAUUAAAUUCGGAAGUACAAAUAAACAUUUUGCAAUUUGGAAAUGACUUCUCCUUUACAAACAAUGUCUUUGAUAUAGAUUAUCUGUGACAAACUAGGAAAGACACUCUUAACUAUGACUGGUUAUUUCUAAUAAGAGUCCUUUAAAAGGCUGCUGUACAGGACCUUAAAAAAAGGUCAGAAAAUUCUUAUAGACCUAAGACAUUCUUAUCAGAUGAUCAAAGAAAAACGAAAGGCAU